AGGAGGAGGUACCCUGACAGGCCCAACCAGACCGCGGGAAGGGGAGAGAAAGGCAAGCCGGCCGUGCACGCCUCUUCCGCCCUCGGCCCGGAAGGGUGAUGUGGCUGGGGCUUCGCCGGCCUCACUAUGUCUGCCAUUUUCAAUUUUCAGAGUCUGUUGACUGUAAUCUUGCUGCUUAUAUGUACCUGUGCUUAUAUCCGAUCCUUGGCACCCAGCCUCCUGGACAGAAAUAAAACUGGGUUGUUGGGUAUAUUUUGGAAGUGUGCCAGAAUUGGUGAACGGAAGAGUCCUUACGUUGCAGUAUGCUGUAUCGUGAUGGCCUUCAGCAUCCUUUUCAUACAGUAGCUUGGAAAAAUGCCAGAAUUCUUCUGUUGCCAUCAGAUUUAAAUAUGACAAAAAAGGACUAUCUGCCGAAAAUAAUGGAAAGAAUGGUUAAUGGUUUAUCUCUGAACAUUGAAUGAGCUACACUUUCAGCUGCUGUUCUCUAUUUUUGUUAUUGGACCAAUGUUCUGUAUAAAUAAUUAGGAUGCAACAUUUAAUACUCAGAAUUUAAAUAUGUCUGUAACAAUCAACCUCAAUACUGUUGCUACAAUAUUACAUUCUGCAUAUGUCAUUCUGUUGUGCCAGAUACCAGUUUUUAGUGAGGUAUCUUUAAGGCACAUAGUAGAAAACAAAAUUGGUAAAUUAUUCAAGUUCCUUUCACUGUGAUUUGGAAAUGAUAAAUCUUUAUAGAAUGAGACCUUUUUUUUUGGACUAGCUUUUUUAUUGGGGGAAAAAAAGGUUCAAUUUGUGUUGGUAAGGAUUGCAUUCAUAUUUAUAAGGAUUGCAUUCAUAUUUAAUAAUGCUGGCUUUUCCUCUGGCCGUAUCAUUUUGAGCAUUAACCAGAGUACCUCUACUCUUAGCAAUCUGUAGUUUAUUACAGGUGUUUAAACUAUUUAAAACAAGCCUAUGUAGUUCUUUAGGAGGAAGAUAAAUGAGAUGUAACUUAAGAGAAAAUGUUAAGACUAUUGAGAAAAUGUUCCUAUUUAACAUAAAAUAAUUCAGAAUACGUGAGUGGUGUUAUCUCUGAAACCUCUGGUUAAGUAUGGAUAAAUGUCUUAAGCAAAAGUUUGACCAGCUGUCAUUCUCCAAAUAAGACUACAUGCUUAGAGUAAAAAGAGCUAAACAGAACAAUUACAGAACGAUAA